GGGACCAGGUUCGUUUUAAAAUUGCUCUGCUAAUGGUGUGUGUAUGAUCACUUACAUUUGUCAUGAACUUUCUGUGUAGCAUCGUCAUCGCGUUGCUGGCGAUUUUGAACUAUUCAGGUGCAGUCGUGGACAGCGACGCACAGGAAGCAAAAUCGAUACUGCUGUCAGUGCUAGGAUCACUUAAAGACAGCCGAAAUGAUGACGGUCGCUAUGGCAGUCAAACGGGGUGGGACAAGUAUCGCGGGGAUCAAACCGGACGUAGAGGCGGGGGAGGCGGUGUCGACGACGAUGGCGAUGACGCGGACCUCGACACUGCGAUAAGCGUCCUAACAAAGGCUGUCGGCGACAUUGACCAAGGGAAGACGUCAGUGCGUCUGAAUAACAAACCUGAAGUCACUAGCAGCUUGACACAACUAACGAACAACCAAGAGAUUCCCGCGAACGUUGCUGCUAUCAUAGACUCGGCUUUAAACAACUCGAAGGAUAAAAUUCCAGACAGCGUGGCAGACCUUAUCAAGUCGGCAUCCAGUAAGACUACUUCGUACACCAACCAAGACGACCAAAGCGAUGUUGCGCGCGCCUACAACUCGGCGACCGGCAAAACAAACAAAGAGUUUCUGGCGAACUUCGCAGACUUCUUCAAUCCUUUCCCGAGCACUAACGUAAAGUCCUACAAUGACGUAAAUUCAUACAAUGACGUCAAAGUCACUUCCAACACUGACGACGGGUCGAACGUCGACGUCGCAAAAAUAAUGCAAGACGCAUUCGCGAACGCUGGAGAUAACAAACAGGGUAAAUGGCAAAAGUUGUUGAACGGAAAUUACUUCAAAGCAGAUACCCCGUCGGUUCAAAACUAUCAUGACGUCAAAGUUUAUUCCAGCAGUUCAAACCCCGAUGGAUCCAAUAUUGACGUCAAUAACAUCCUUAAAAACGCGCUCGGAAACGCCGGAAACACAGGAAAUACACAGAGCUGGAAAAAUAAAUUAAAAGUAGAUACGCCAUCGGUUCAAAACAACAAUGACGUUCAAAUUUCAACCGGUGACUCUGACGGGUCAAACGUUGACGUCAACAAAGUCAUAAAAGAUGCAAUUGGAAACGCAGGCGGACCACAACCAUGGCGAAAUUCAUACAAAGCUGACACACCAUCGGUCCAAAAUUACCGUGACGUCAAAGUUUCUAACAUAAAUUCAAACACUGGUUCUGGCGAUGCAAAUGUUGAAGUAAACAAAGUAAUUCAAGACGCUUUUGCAAGCGCAGGCGGUGCGCAAAAGGCAUGGCAAAACAUUCCUUCCGGAAAUUCGGUAAAAGUAGAUAACCCAUCGGUACAAACCUACAACGACGGUUCAAAUGUUGACGUAAACAAGGUAAUUAAAGAAACUCUUGCGAGCGCAGGCGGCGCGCAAAAGAACACAUGGCAAAGCUCUCCUUCCGGAAAUUCGGUAAGAGAAGAUAACCCAUCGGUACAAACCUACAACGACAACAAAUAUUCUAAGCCGAUCGCAAACGCAAAGUCCGACCACUCGAACACAGACGUUGAAAAACUCAUCCAGGACGCCUUCGGUAAAAUCGAAAACGAUCAACAGAGCUCAUGGCCAAACUUCUCAAACAUGAAGUCAUAUCGAAAUAAUAAUAAACCGAAUGGUCAGGUCAGCUCCACUUCUGAUCGACAAACCUAUACAAACACCAAAACAGAACCUAAGCAGGUUAAAUCAUGGCGCGGUAGCUACACACGCGCCCCGAAUUACGGCACCACUCCCGGCUCGUCUUGGGGCCGAAAUAACGCCGGCCAGUGUCUCUUACGGGGAGAGUUGUGCAAAAUCGGAAGUGGACCGGAGUGCUGCGGGUCAGACAAUGCCUAUGGUUCCAAAGUACCCUUAUGCUGCACGCGGAUAGCUUCCGGUUCCGGUCGAAGCGAUUUCGGCCUAUGUCAACCCAAGAAUCCCGGCAUGACGUGCGACAGACGAUAAACGCUGACGUGUUUGGUCGAUCCCUUUAUACAAUGUUAAUGAGGCAUGAAAUGACAACAUGUUGCAUUGAAUAAACAUUAACAUAGUACGUGAUAUUGGUAUGCCCUAUUGCGUGUCGUGUAAUAACGAUAUUGGGUUGAUUGUUUUAGCCUAUCCGAAAUGACUGAUCAAAAACCAAAUUCCCAAAACUCCGAUUUACCACUUAAUUCAUGCACAAUAAAAGUAGUUCUUUGCAGAUCUCAAUAACCGUAUUGUUAAUACAGAACAUCACUAUAUGACAUGACAGUGUCAUAAAAAAUAUAAAAAAUAUCAUUGAAUAA